AUGGGAUUCUGCGAUUGUGGGAUGGUUGGUGAUGAUCACUUUGUGCUAUGCAAAGCAGCUCUAAUCUUUGGAGUGACGAGAUGGAUCUUCUUCUGUGCUCAGAAACUAGUGAAACAAUAUUACAUGCACAUGUUUUCUUGGUCCUUUGACCACCAUGAGCCCACAUCACAAUCUUCAUCAGCAGUUCAUCAUGAUCACUCUUCUUCAGCUUUAGAAAUGGUGAGAGAUUAUUUGAGCUUGACAACUUUUGAAAACAUCAAGCAGAGGCUGCCAGAAGAAGAAAGCCAUGACAUGUCCUGUGCAGUUUGCUUGAAGCGUUUCAAGAAGAAUGAUCAGGUCUGGGAAUUGAACAAUUGCAGGCAUGUCUUCCACAAGCAAUGCCUGGAUAGAUGGCUCCUCUACGACGCCCGGUUAACCUGUCCUCUUUGCAGAACUUCAUUGAUCACCAUGAGUAGUUCAGAGUCUUGUUCCAUGCCGCAGCAGCAGCAGCAACCUAGUUGGGCUGUGGAAAGGAUUCUUUAUCUAUUUGGGGAUGAUUUGCUCUCUCCAUCUUCUUACUCAUCUGGAAUGGAGGAUCUGAGCUAUUAA